AUGCCAGCUAAUAGCUUCGAAGAAAGGGACGUCCCAGCUCAUAUACGGGGAAAGCGCUCAUUCUAUGAUGAUGACGGAGUUAAUCGAACUGUUUUCGAGCAUGAAGCCACAGGUACUUCAAUGGACUUCGUAACAAACUCAGGGAUCUGCGAGACUACUGCUGGAGUAAACCAAUACUCAGGGUAUCUCACUACUGGUACCGGCGAGCACAUGUGGUUUUGGUUCUUUGAAGCACGCAAUUCUCCCACUACGGCUCCCCUAUCAACCUGGUUCAAUGGCGGUCCUGGUUGCUCCUCGAUGAUUGGCCUGUUCCAGGAAAACGGUCCUUGUCAUUUCGUUGAUGGCUCCUCCACGCCCUCGUUAAAUCCGUACAGCUUCAACGAGUAUGCAAACAUGUUAUAUGUCGACCAACCAAUAGGCACUGGAUUCUCGUACGGAACCGACACGGUAACAUCGACAGUGACUGCAGCUCCUGUGGUGUGGGCCUUACUUCAAGCUUUCUUUGCACAGUUUACACAAUACGAAAGCCGAGACUUUGGAAUCUUCACCGAAUCCUACGGAGGACAUUACGGCCCGGAGUUUGCCUCAUACUUUGAAUCCCAAAAUGCAGCCAUCGCUGCAGGAACUGUGACGGGCCAAAAUGUCUCGCUUGUUGCCUUGGGAAUUAAUAACGGAUGGUACGAUUCGACUAUUCAGCAAAAGGCAUACGUUGACUUCAGUUAUAACAACACCUGGAAAUCUCUGAUUUCUGCUUCUGAGCACAAGUCAUAUCUCAGCACUUACAACAGCGACUGUCUUCCUCUGCUCAAAGAAUGUUCCUCGACGACGGGCUCAGACUCGGCUUGUGAGAAUGCAGACAACACUUGUUAUAAUGACAUCGAGGGCCCACUCUCAGAAAUAGGAGACUUCGAUGUCUACGACAUCCGCGAGCCAUCAGAUGAUCCCUAUCCACCGUCCACCUACUCCACCUACCUGCAAUCAUCAUCAGUCGUAAAGGCAAUCGGUGCAAAGAGCACAUAUAGUGAAUGUCCCGACGCGCCCUACGAGAAAUUCGCAAACACCGGUGAUGAUGCGCGCUCCUUCCUCUCGACUCUGUCCAAGGUGGUCCGGUCCGGCAUAACCGUCACACUCUGGGCGGGAGAUGCAGACUGGAUCUGUAACUGGUUCGGGGGUCUGGUAGUUGCAGAUUCGGUAACCUACUCCGGCUCAUCUGCUUUCGCCAGUAAGGCAGUAACGAAUUACACUGUCGACGGUACCGCAGGAGGAACUUUCAAGACCGAGGGCAAUUUGAGCUGGUUGAGAGUCUUUGGGGCUGGACAUGAGGUUCCGUAUUACCAACCCAAGUUGGCGCUGCAAGUCUUCAAGCAGACGAUGCAGAAGCAGCCUUUGUCUUCUACAUGA